CUUCCAUAUGGUGAGAUUUAUAUUUGAUAACUUGCAAUUAAAACGAAAGAGGAAGUAAAUUGAUCACUACUUAGAGAUUAAUUGUGUUUCGUGUUAUUAAUUUGGCAAUUGAACGUGGAAUGUGAACAUUAUGGUGGCUUCCUUCGCAUUAUUAGUUGCGGCGAUCGAUUUUGGCACUACCUUUUCCGGUUGGGGAUUUUCGUUCAGACAUGAGUUUGAAAGUGAACCAACAAAAGUGUUUACAAAGCCAUGGCCUGGCGGACAGCUGUCCCUUAAAGCACCAACGAGCAUUUUGAUAGAACCAGAUGGUCUGACACUACACAGUUUUGGAUAUGAAGCGGAAAAUAAAUACGCCGAUCUGGUGGCCAACGAAGAACACGAGACAUGGUUCUUCUUCCAACGGUUUAAAAUGAAGCUUUACGAGAAACAGAGACUUGGUAGAGACAUGGUGUUAGAAGACAUCAGCGGAAAAAAGAGUCUCUCUGCUAAAAAAGUAUUCUCGCUGUCCAUUAAGUACAUGAAGGAUGACUUUAUGAAGAUGUUACAGGGACGUACGUUUGGUUGUGGCAUCAAAGAAGAUGAAAUACAUUGGGUCCUUACUGUACCAGCUAUCUGGAACGACGCCGCAAAGCAAUUCAUGAGGGAAGCUGCACAAGGGGCUGGUAUAUUACAAGAUAAACUGAGUAUUGCUUUGGAACCAGAAGCAGCCAGUUUAUUCUGUCGCCAUCUACGUGUCGAAAAAAUCAGCAGUGAUAAAACCACAUUGUCUACUUUUGAAGUGGGAAAAAAGUACAUUGUGUUGGAUGCAGGAGGUGGCACUGUGGACAUUACGGUACAUGAAGUUUUGUCUGGCGGGAAACUUAAAGAACUAUACAAAGCCAGUGGUGGAAACUGGGGAGGUACAAGAGUAGAUCAGGCUUUCACAGACUUUCUGUCCGACCUUGCAGGUUCUGAUGUGAUGACAAAAUUCAAAGACAGACAUAUAGAGGACUACAUUGACCUGUUGAGACAUUUUGAAGUAAAGAAGAGAGAUAUAUGUCCAAGCUCUGAAUCAAAAGUCACAAUCAAAAUACCCCAAACGUUUUCCGACUUAGUGCGAGAAUGCUGGGAAGAAACGCUACAGGAAAGGAUUGGUCAGAGUGUAUACUCGUCACAGGUUAAACUAGUAGGCGAUAAACUACGGAUAGAAGCAAGUAUAGCUAAACUCUUUUUCGUGUCUCCAAUAAGUAGUAUUAUAAACCAUGUAAAAGCCUUGCUACAAGAACCCGUUAACAAAGGUGUUGCUGCAAUUCUCAUGGUUGGUGGAUUUUCCGAGUCGCAUAUGCUACAAGAAGCCAUAAGAAACGAUUUUCCAAAUCUAGGAGUUAUCGUCCCAAAUGAAGCAGGAUUAGCAGUACUAAAAGGAGCAGUGAUUUUUGGUCACAAUCCAUCCACCAUGUCAGAAAGAGUAAGCAAAUAUACGUAUGGCGUCAAUACCAAUACAUUGUUCAGACCCGACUAUCAUCCGGUUCACAAGAAAAAAAUGAUUAAUAACAAGGCGUAUUGCACUGAUAUAUUUUCUGUGCACGUGCGUGCCGGUGAAACUUUAGUAGUUGGGCAACCACAAACUGAACAAAGUUAUUUUACGAUAAGUUACUACCAAAAGAAAGUGAUAAAAGAUGUUUAUGCCACAUUACAAAUGAACCCUAAGUACAUUGACAAUCCUGGAUCUCAUAGAAUUGGUACCAUAACUGUCCCUGUAUCUGGAGUCGGUGAACGUAGAGAAGUAACAGUUAAAAUGAUCUUCGGCGGUACUGAAAUAGACGUUGAAUGCCACGAAGUUGCGACUGGCAAAAUUACGCACGCGAUUGUUGACUUUCUUACGUAAUAAACUCAAGACAAUAAGAUAUGUUUGUUUCAUAAUGAUAUAAUUAUUUAAAGAAAUUGUAACGUACGGAAAAUAUUGAUAUCAAGAGUACAAACAGAGUUACUAUUACCAGUCAACACAAAGACCUCUACAAGUUAAGGGGAAUAAUUCAUGAAGAGAUAAUAAGAUUGAAAAUGUCUUAAAAUCUAUCAUUAUAAUUGUUUUCUCAUAUUGAUAUCUAAAAGUGAUUUUCGUUUGUAAUCUAGUGAGAAAAUAGAAUAGAAUAGUUGACAUAUGUAAAUAAAAGGAAAUUAUGACAUGUAUUUUAAGUAACACACUGGUGAAAGGUAAUACUAGUGUAAGUGAAUACAUAAGUAGCGGUGUUAUAAGCGCAAUUGUGCUGGAAAUAGCAAAAUCUGCAUGUCGCUAAUGGAGUGGUUCAACCUAUGGUUAUAAUUUUUCAGUCAUUGCUAUACUUAAUUGUGAUAUGUUCAAUUUAGAUCACUUUGUAAGUCUUGAACAUUAUUUAAAAUAUACUGCUUUCUUUGGUACACAACUUUUUAUUGUCCAUGCAUUCAAUUGUAUAUUGUUGCAAAAACCUUUAAAAAAAACUUGUCUCCAAACUGAGUAAGUAUCACGAUACAACAUCACAUGUGCUUCAUUUUCUACCGAUAAUUUACAAAUUGGGUAUAUUCUAUUUUCACCUGGAAAAUUUUCAUACCGCCCCGUCUCAAUACGCAGUGGGGCUACUCUAAUAGAAAUUUCGCAUAUUAAGCACUUUUAUGUUUCUUUGGUGUAAACAUUCCAAUUCAUAAUUUUGUUUAAAUAACUUGCAUAGGUUCUUGGCUUAUUGCCACCUCUACCACCUGUUCCUCUAUCAUUAUUCAGUCUUAAGCACUGACAGCAACGCAUUCUUAAUAUUAUCAAGAAAUAUUUAGUAUGGGUAUGAUCACAAUGGUAAGUUUAGUAAUGUGAACUGAUAUGUGGUGGAUGAAUGAUGUUAUUUGCAUACAAUUCAAAUAUCUUUUCCAUAUCAUAUCUUUAUAUUUUAAUUUUAAGAAUAUGUAAUAGGGACAAAAGUUUUAUACAGAUGUAAGUUUCUAUAGAAUAGAGCAAUAGAGUUCACAGCUAAAAUUAGGAAAUGCUAAGACUGUCGGACAGUAUUUUUCAUAUAUUGUUAACAAGUAACAUUAUUUGGAGACAAGCUCUUGACAUGUGACUUUUCUAUAGUGGACGUUUAUUUAUAAUUUUGAUCAGCUGACUGCCUAAGUAUACAUGUUUAGUUUAUUUGUCAAAUUGGUAUUGUUACUUUAAUUUUUUUUGACAAUUCUUUUAUAAUUUCUUGACUUAGAUGCAUUUCUAUUGCCAGGUAGCAGAUAUACAAUGUACAUGUAAUAACAUGAGUUUCUAUAAUAACAA